AAAGCGCCUUUCGUCAAACUCAAAGGUACCCCGAACAACGAAGACGAAACAAACAAACACCAUCCUCCUCCUCCCUCACCUGCUUUUUCUUUUUUUGACUUCAUCUUCCUUCUCUUGCUUUCUUUUUGUUUCCUCUUUUUUCAAUUUUUUUUUUUUAGAGUUUUGCAGAUCUAUAUCUGCUCUGUAUGACUCUAUCUAUCAGCUCAUGAAGUAAUCAGUUCGUUUCUUUCUUCGGUGACUGAUCUGUCUUCAUCUAUCUAUCUGUAUUUCAUAGCAGAGAAGAGCUUGCAGAAAUAGUUCUAAUAGUAAUAAACUGUAAUAAAGCGUUGAAGAUAUGGUGACAAAAGAGAAAGAUGAAGAACUCGCGCUUUUCCUGGAGAUGCGGAGACGCGAGAAGGACAAUGCUCUCCUUGAUCCUCCUUUAGGUACCUCUGCAGUCACGUCUUUCUUAUUUAUUUGCCUUGUUUGGAGACUAGAAUAUUUGUUAUUAUUGACUGUUUGGUCUUUGAUUCAUUCUGAUGCAGGGACUAACAAUGCACUAGUAGCUUCACCAAUAUCUAAAAUAGUUUCUUCUGUUCCGAUGAUCAGGAAAACUGCUGCUGAUAAAUUUUUGGAUUCUGAGAAUGAUAAAUCCGAUUAUGAUUGGCUUCUAACACCGCCGGGGACCCCACUUUUUCCAUCUUGGGAGAAAGAAUCGCAGAAAACCGUAAUGAGUCAGAACGGGAUUUCUAAUACUCGUGUCACUGCUCUGAAGUCAAGGUUGACCAAUAUCCAGGAAGAACCUGCUUUAAGAUCUAAUAUAGCAUCAAAGCGAACAACUUUGCCAUCUCAACCAAGCUAUUCAAAUACUAGUAACAGAAGGCCCUCAUCAUCUGGGGGACCAGCAUCUGCUACCAGACCUGCAACACCAACUGGGAGGCCCACUUUAUCUACAACCACUAAACCGUCAAGAGCUUCCACUCCUACUUCACGGGCCACCUUACCUUCCUCUAAGCCUAUGGGUAAUCCAGUGAGAUCUUCAACCCCCACGAGAACGGUUGCACGCUCUUCAACACCAACUGCAAGACCCUCAGUCCCAGCUUCCAAGUCAACAUCAAGAUCAGCAACUCCAACCCGUCAAAUGACAACCCCUUCAAGUGCACCUUGUGUAGCUGCCCCUCCUGGUGGUCGAUCUUCUUCAGUGACAAAGUCUAAUUCAAUAUUGAAGAAUCCAGUCCAAUCGCGUGGCAGCUCACCUACUGUAAAGUCCAGGCCUUGGAAACCUAAUGAGAUGCCUGGUUUCUCACUUGAUGCCCCACCUAAUUUAAGAACAUCAUUGCCAGAAAGGCCAGCUUCAGCGACAAGGGGUAGGCCUGCUGGUGCUGGGGCAGGUGCUCGAUCAUCUUCUAUUGAGUCCGGUUCUAAAGUAAGGCCAAGACAACAAUCCUGCUCUCCUGCUAGAGGAAGGGCUUCAAAUGGUAGUGCAAAUGGUAGCCGUAUCUCUAUUCCCACUAAGGGCAGAGCACAAAACAAUGGUAGUGAUGAUGUGAACCCAAUACUCAUGGGAACAAAAAUGGUUGAAAGAGUGGUAAAUAUGAGGAAGUUGGCACCACCAAAGCAAGAUGACCAUCACUCUCUACUUAAUAACUCAGGUGGAAAGUCAUCUUCCCUUGACAGCACAGGCUUUGGUAGAACCCUCUCAAAGAAAUCUUUGGAUAUGGCUUUGCGACAUAUGGAUAUAAGGCGAAGUAUCUCAGGUAAUCUACGCCCACUCACUAGCAUUCCUGCUUCCUCUGUGUACAGUGUGAGAUCAGGAGGAUCUACAAAAGGCAAGACGAGUAGUGUUCUGGAUUCUCCUCUUGCCACGAGCAGCAAUGCUAGCUCUGAGCCAAGUGUGAAUAAUAACUCCCUUUUCGCUGAUGGGAUAGAAAUGGAAGUCAAUGAUUUUGGCAGUGAGAACGGAAAUUGCUCUCCUACCAGUCACUCAGGUAAGUGACGUAGGAUUGAAAUUGUUUCUCAUGCUUAAAGUUCGUCAGAUUUUCUGUAUCUAUUUGUUGAAGCUCAUCCUGCUCGAUAUUUAAGAGGCACUUGUUCCUCGAAGGAACUGAUGGGCAGCUUGCAUUUCUUUAAAACCCAUUGGAAAGGACGCAGGCCCUUGCAGGUUUCCAGAAGACUGUUUAAUAUACUUAUUGGACAAUCUUUUGGAAUAUUAUGAUGGACCAGGUCAUCUUUCGAACUGUUCUCCUGUAAUAGAGACAUUUAUAUUGUACCAUUUUAAACUGUUCUGAAGAGCUCCUUCAGCUUAUAAAUUUUGUCUUGCUGAAA